AUGCAUCUAUCCACCAUCCUAUACUCGGUGCUCGCACAGAGCCUGGCCGUGUCCGCUGCAACCAUGGUAGUUACCGUGGCCGCAAACAACAAGUUUCAGUUUACACCAAACUCCAUCACCGCUCAGCCUGGAGACAUGGUUGCAUUCAACUUUGUGGCCCAGAACCACAGCGUUGCCUCCUCCAAUGCCAACACGCCCUGCCGCCCGGAGAAGAACGCCAUCUUCUCCGACUUCCAGCCCAUCCCAGGCAACCCCAACGGCAGCCCCAAUCCAGGCAACGGCCGUAAUGUCAACCGCCAAGCUGGCAACACGCCCAUGUUCAUGGUUCCCAUUACCGACACCGCACCCAUGUACAUCUACUGCUCGCAAGCCCAGCACUGCCAAUCAGGCAUGGUCAUGGUCAUCAACCCCCCUAAUGCUGCCGCCGUCGCCCAGUACCAGAACCUGGCUGCAAAAGCAAGAAACAACGUCAGUCCCAAGGGCGGCAUGAGCGGCGGCCAGGUCAUAAACAACAAGGCCGGAACCAACCCAAAGAAUGUGCUUGGUGCUAAUGCCGGUGACGCUGCAAAGGCCACGACAAAGGCAAAGGGUGGCAAGGCCAAGGCAACGGGAAAGAAGGCAAAGGGCAACUAA